GAAAUAGUGGCAAAGCGUAGGUGGGGCUAUCAAACCCCCACUGUGGGUUUAAGAAACCGAAGCAACACAUUACUCUGCAAAAUCUUCUCUUUCUCUCUCUCCCUCACUCUCUCACACUAGUGAGUCUGCCAUGGAGAGCGUGAGGGUUCGUUUGGAGUUCAAGCAGCGGCACCUUCUGAAGAAAUCGCAGUUGAAGGAAGGUCUGAAACGGAGCUGGUUUCUCCUCAAACCUGAAAUCGAAACCAUCUCCGACCUCACCACUCAUCUCCUUCACAACUUCGACCUCCUUCGUUCUUGCCCUAAUGGCCUCAUCCUCUUCAUGGAUGGGUUUGUGUUACCACCUUUUGAAUCAACUUGUAUUUUGAAGGACAAAGAUAUAGUCUGCGUGAGAAGAAAAGGGGACAAAGUGUUUGAUAGUAUCAAGGCAGGUGAUGGGGUGGACUCCAUUGUGGUGGUAGAUGAGGAUGUGGAGGAGCAAGGUGUGGUUGAUGGUCUGAAGCUUUUGGCAAAUGAGGAGUUUGAUAAGGAAUGUGACGAAUGUGAUGAUUGUGGACACGAACGCAAAGUUUCCAAGAAAAGAAAGGCAUCGAGGAAACUUCAUAGCCCAAAGAGGAAGAAAAGCAAGGUUGCUGCUACUGAUAACUGUCUUGCUGUUCCUGAAGAUGAUCAAACUAAUGUCCAUGCAGAGGAUAAUGGAAACCUUCAUCAUAGUGGAGUCCUCCCGAAGAAGAGGGUCAAGAAGGAUAAAUCAUCCAAAUUACCAGGUGAACGGGAUAAGUCUAGUGCCCUGGGAAGUAAUGAAAAACGUAAUGACACAACUAAGUCUACACCCAAUGUGAAGAGCAGAUUCUGCCAGCUCCAAGAAAAUGGCAAUGAAAGUGUCAAUGUAUCCCAUGGGCCUGGCGAAACUAAAAAGCUCCCUAGUAGAAGUGCUCGGCGUAAAAAGGCUAAAAGACAAUGGUUGAGGGAGCAAGUCAAAGCUGAAAGUAGAAAGCAAUAUCAGGGGCAAAUAGUCAAAAAAGAUGAUGAGCAAUCACCUGUUAAAGAUAAACAGAAAGUUUCUGAAGAACAUGAACAACCAGAUGAAGAUAGUGAUGAAGAGGGCGAUGUUGUACCCAUAGUAAUUAGGCCAGGACACAUUCGCUUUGGGCGCCCAAGUAAAGAUGCAGAUCCAUCUGUCCAGCAAAAUGAAAUGCCAAGGGAGAAUUCCCAGUGGAAUGGAAUAACCUGCAAGAAGAAGGGUCAAAAAUGGGGUAUCGAGAAAACUGCUUCUCACAAAUGGAAUGAUCGUAUGAGUUGGAAUCAAGAGAGUUCUGAUAUGCGUACUUCUGAAAGAAAAACACCUGCAACCAAUCCCAUAGACUUUGAUAAGCUUUCGCCUUAUACUAGCAUGCCUAAGGAAGGUGAUGUUAUUGCAUAUCGUUUGAUUGAGUUAUCAUCGUCAUGGACCCCUGAACUUUCCACCUUCCGAGUAGGAAAAAUAUCACGCUAUUACCCUGAAUCCAAAAGGAUUUUUCUGGUAACAGUUCCAGAAUAUCCAAUUGAUUUUGAGAAGAUAGCUGAGGAGUCAGAGGAGGAGUAUGGAGCUCAACCUGCUGCAUCCCUUUAUGGGGAAGAUGGUUCUUUAAAGAUAGAUUAUUCAUCUCUUGUAGAUGUCCGCAUUGUCAAGCAUGGUAACUUCAAUUCAGGAAAAGCGGUUAUGAGCGAGGUUAAUGAAGUUCCUGUGGAUAAUCAAACUUCUGUCUCAGGGUUUGGGGCCAGCAAUAACAAUAAAGAGACCCCUGCCCCCACACGUGAAAAUGGAGAAGUAAAUGUGUGGGAAGAAAUCAGCCAGGCUUUGGACACAAAGAAGGCCCAGCUCUCUCAGGAGGACGGUUGGAGUAGGGAAGAGAGUUCAUUAAAGAAUGGAUGGUCCUACAGGGCCUUAAGAGGCAGUGCACUGGGUCCAACAAUGGCUCGUUUAAGAGCACAAAAUGGACUAUAAGAAAAUCCACCAGCAUUAGGGCAUAUAUAUGCUGUGUUCCUGACAAUGAGAUCCACCUCUUAGCCAGUGUUUUGGAAAGUUUUGACGAAUGUAAAGAACAUCAUAUUGUGGUUUAUGUAAUUAAGGGCUGCAAUGGCUAUCAAAGGCCAACUUUUUUUUAUAGAAAGUUGGUCAAUUUUCUUGUCAUUUUGAAGAGUAAUAGUCUAAAGGAGGAGGAGCCCACUUUUGUGAACUUA